GUCAGCAUCUUCCUGACAGCUGCUCUCGGCCUGCCUGAGGCUUUAAUCCCUGUUCAACUGCUCUGGGUCAAUUUGGUUACUGAUGGCCUGCCAGCCACAGCACUUGGCUUCAAUCCGCCAGAUUUGGACAUCAUGACCCGGCCACCACGUAGCACCAAAGACCCGCUGAUAUCAGGCUGGCUAUUCUUCCGUUACAUGGCGAUCGGAGGCUACGUUGGCUGUGCCACCGUCGGCUCCGCGGCUUGGUGGUUCAUCUACUACUCCAAGGGACCCCAGCUCAACUACUACCAACUGGUAAAUUGCAGUCCUGUCAUGUCGCUCAUAUAUAUUCCCAGACAAUAUGAGGUUAUGAGCAUGUAG